AUGUUUACCUCACUCCCGAAACUCCCAUUCAACUCUAGGGAGUCCCUCACAAAAAGUACACUACCGGAGUCAAAAAAAGAAUCAUUGAAAUUGCCGCCGUGGGAUCAACCCGCUCAUAUCAACUUGGAACCAUUAGAGCCACCAAGUCCAUAUCACCCAGUCGUACAAAAACGUGCCUAUCCAUCUGUUCUCACAGGAUUCUCUCGUUUAACACCAAACAAAAGCAAUGCAACAGAGAAGGAUCUCAUAUCUCCAAGCCAUGCAGCGGAUGAGGAAAGCGAAGAGGAAAUGACGUAUGAGGAACUGGUGGCUCACCAAAUUCAAAUUAUGAAGAUGGAAUCUGAGGCAAGAGAUGAUAUCCUGUUUUUUGAACAGCACGAAUGGACCCGUUUGUGGUUAGAUUUUCUUCAUGAUGUCAGUAUUUUCGUUGAAGAUGUUCAGUUAGCAGAAAUGGUGGUUCGAGACGCAUGUGAGCGUGAGGAAGAAAGAGAUCGUAUGUCUUAUUCGAUUGAAAUGGAAUCUACUGCUCAAUGUAUUAAAAAACGCAUGCAGGAAAAUAUACGUAAAAAAUCAAUUCAAAUAAUAUCCUUGUAUAUGGAAGGACGUGAUCUUAUUAUUAAAGAAGAAGCUGAAGAUACAUUAUCUCUUGUGGAAUGGUUUAGAAAAAGCCGACCCUUUGGAAUGCGUCUCCCUGCCUUUAUUACCGGUGUAAAAGAACGACGCUUUGUUCCCAAGAAACCAAAUGGAAGGAAUGGCUCACCUAAUUCCAGCUUGCGCAAGAAAAAGUUUGGAACUUGUGGAGUAUCUUCAGUUAUUGCUAAAGAUACAGAGUUUUGGCCAGGAGAUUUUCCUGAGCCCUCUUAUCAAGAGGAAGGCAGACAAGCAUGGAGAGAAGCUAAACUUUUACGCUACGCACAGCGAAGAGGUUUUCUCAACACGAAUGAAGUGGAAGAGAAAGAAGACGCAGAACGUGAGAACAUUUUAGCAGAAGAAGCAAAGGAGUGGUUACCCAUCAUAGGCCUUGAAGUGGAUGAUUACCACGAAGCAAAACGACGGACACAAAAUCGUGAAAAGGCUGAAGCAGCAGCGGAAGAUGAGCGUCUUGAAGAGCUACAAAAACGUGAAGCCAUAUUUGACCGCCUACAAGCGGCUGGAUCUCUAGAGAACCACAAUGAGGAGAAGGAGGAAGAGAAAAAGAAUGAAAAAGAAGAAGAAAAGAAUAAAAAAGAAGAAGAAAAGAAUGAAAAGGAAGAAGAAAAGGAAGAAGAAAAGGAAGAAGAAAAGGAAGAAGAAAAGGAAGAAGAAAAGAGGGAGGAUGCCACUCUAGAGCACGGCGAAGAACGUUUGGAAGCCACUUCUCCUGAGGAAGAUGAUGAUGAUGAAGCUGCUAUCAAGAGAGAAAGAGCAAUGUUGGAUCUUUUACGAAAGCGUAUUAAUGUACUUAUUGAGUUGGAGAAUGUUAAUGAGAUCCAGACUGAAGCUGCAGCAUUGGAAGUCCUGCGGAAACGUGAAAAAGCUCUACAGAAGUUGGAUGAAGUUACAAAUAAGGAUAGUCAUGAUGAUGAUGAUGAUAAUACUAUGGAAGUUUUGAAGGAAGAAUCUUUGUCUUUGUGGGCAUUGCGAAGGCAUGUGGAGGUUUUGCGUGAACUGGAGGAUCUUUCUAAUAUGGAGAAGGAGUUAAUGAAAAUAUGGAAACGUGAAAUAAAUGAAACUAGUUCUGUACGUGAUUAUAAUCUCGAUGAACUAAUUGAGAGAGAAAAAUCAUUUCUAUUAUUAUUACAAAAACGUGAAGAUCUGUUAAAUCAAUUGGAAGAUAUGAAUGCUAUCAAGAAUGAGGCAUCAGCUUUACAAGUACUACGAAAACGUGAAAGUAUGCUUCUUGAACUUGAUAAUAUUAAUAAUAAUAAUAAUAAUAAUAAUAAUAAUGAUACAAAGAAGGAUAUACCAUCGAUGUCAUCAGUAGGUAAUCAGCCCUCUACUGAUGAUAUGGACCAUAGAAGAGAUUCUGGUUCAGGUAAAGGGAGUAACAAUGGAUAUGGGGAAACAAGCAGUUCAUGGGAUAGCGACUCUGUAGGGUCACCAUUGCAUCCUAUCUUAAAUAUGGUGAUGGAUGUUGCACUUAAACGAGAUCCAUUCGUGGGGCUGCGCAAUCCCGCCUUAUCAGCUCUCUGUAAAGCCGAAUGUGAAAUUGCGGCGUGUGAAGGGAAACGCCCUGGCAGUGCAGCCCAGGCAUUGGCUUUCGCACGGCAUAUUCCUUUUUGUCUGCCGUAUCUCGUCCACGCCGUCUGGCGCCCAUGUAAGAAGGAAGAGGAUGUUAAAUGUACAGAGAAUUUAGGUGAUGUUAGUGAGAGCGCAGUGGAAGAGUUUCUGAGAUUGGAAGCGGAGGAGCGGGAGCAACUGAUUAAGGAACAAAUUGUGGCUGUUUGGACACUUUAUCAACAAGCAGCAAAAGACGCAAGCGAUGUAAGCAAUACAGAAUACGGUAAAGUGUACUAUAUUGGAGCAACUGUGGGAGAUGGGAUUUAA